AGACGUGGCGGGGCGAUCCGUAGGCAGGGCCGGACGCCGCAGUUCUCCUUGGCCGGAGCCUCAACGGAUGGGAGGGGAGGGGGCGGGGAGGGGGCGGGGAGGGGGCGGGGAGGGGGCGGGGCCGGGCAACCCGGAAGGUCCGGCGCCCGAGCCACCUACCUCGCUGGGACCCGGGUCUUGCUGUUCCCUGCUGGCCUCCUGCCCAAGCGACUGCGGCCAGGAUGGGCCGGAAGGUGACCGUGGCCACCUGCGCACUCAACCAGUGGGCCCUUGACUUCGAGGGCAAUUUGCAAAGGAUUUUAAAGAGUAUUGAAAUUGCCAAAAACAGAGGAGCAAGAUACAGGCUUGGACCAGAGCUGGAAAUAUGCGGCUACGGAUGUUGGGAUCAUUAUUACGAGUCGGACACCCUCUUGCACUCGUUUCAAGUCCUAGCGGCCCUUCUGGAGUCUCCCGUCACUCAGGACAUCAUCUGCGACGUGGGGAUGCCUGUAAUGCACCGGAACGUCCGCUACAACUGCAGAGUGAUAUUCCUCAACAGGAAGAUCCUGCUCAUCAGACCCAAGAUGGCCUUGGCCAACGAAGGCAACUACCGUGAGCUGCGCUGGUUCACCCCGUGGUCGAGGAGUCGGCACACAGAGGAGUACUUUCUGCCUCGGAUGAUACGGGACCUGACAAAGCAGGAAACCGUGCCCUUCGGAGACGCAGUGCUGGUGACGUGGGACACCUGCAUUGGAAGUGAGAUCUGUGAGGAGCUCUGGACACCCCACAGCCCGCACAUCGACAUGGGCCUGGAUGGCGUGGAGAUCGUCACCAACGCCUCGGGCAGCCACCACAUGCUGCGCAAAGCCAACACCAGGGUGGAUCUCGUGACUAUGGCCACCGGCAAGAAUGGUGGGAUUUACUUGCUGGCCAACCAGAAGGGCUGUGACGGGGACCGCCUGUACUACGACGGCUGUGCCAUGAUCGCCAUGAACGGAAGCGUCUUUGCUCAAGGAUCCCAGUUUUCUCUGGAUGACGUGGAAGUCCUGACGGCCACGCUGGAUCUGGAGGAUGUCCGGAGCUACAGGGCGGAGAUUUCAUCUCGAAACCUGGCGGCCAGCAGGGCGAGCCCCUACCCCAGAGUGAAGGUGGACUUUGCCCUCUCGUGCCACGAGGACUUGCUGGCACCCGUCUCUGAGCCCAUCGAGUGGAAAUACCACAGCCCUGAGGAGGAGAUAAGCCUUGGACCUGCCUGCUGGCUCUGGGAUUUUUUAAGACGAAGCGAACAGGCAGGGUUUUUGCUGCCCUUGAGUGGUGGGGUGGACAGCGCAGCCACCGCCUGCCUCAUCUACUCCAUGUGCUGCCAGGUCUGCGAGGCCGUGAGGAGCGGAAAUGAGGAAGUGCUGGCUGAUGUCCGCACCAUCGUGAACCAGAUCAGCUACACCCCCCAGGAUCCCCGAGACCUCUGUGGACGCAUACUGACCACCUGCUACAUGGCCAGCAAGAACUCCUCCCAAGAGACGUGCACCCGAGCCAGAGAGUUGGCCCAGCAGAUUGGAAGCCACCACAUCAGUCUCAACAUCGAUCCAGCCGUGAAGGCCGUCAUGGGCAUCUUCAGCCUGGUGACGGGGAAGAGCCCUCUAUUCGCAGCUCAUGGAGGAAGCAGCAGGGAAAACCUGGCGCUGCAAAAUGUGCAGGCUCGAAUACGGAUGGUCCUCGCCUAUCUGUUCGCUCAGCUGAGCCUCUGGUCUCGGGGCGUCCGCGGUGGGCUCCUCGUGCUGGGAUCUGCCAACGUGGAUGAGAGUCUCCUGGGCUACCUGACCAAGUACGACUGCUCCAGUGCGGACAUCAACCCCAUAGGCGGGAUCAGCAAGACGGACCUGAGGGCCUUCGUCCAGUUCUGCAUCAAGCGCUUCCAGCUUCCUGCCCUGCAGAGCAUCCUGUCGGCGCCCGCCACGGCAGAGCUGGAGCCCUUGGCUGAUGGACAGGUGUCCCAGACCGACGAGGAAGAUAUGGGGAUGACGUAUGCGGAGCUCUCGGUCUAUGGGAAACUCAGGAAGGUGGCCAAGAUGGGGCCCUACAGCAUGUUCUGCAAACUCCUCGGCAUGUGGAGACACAUCUGCACCCCGAGACAGGUCGCUGACAAAGUGAAGCGGUUUUUCUCCAAGUACUCCAUGAACAGACACAAGAUGACCACGCUCACACCUGCGUACCACGCCGAGAACUACAGCCCUGAGGACAACAGGUUUGAUCUGCGACCAUUUCUGUACAACACGAGCUGGCCUUGGCAGUUUCGGUGCAUAGAAAAUCAGGUGCUACAGCUCGAGAGGGCCGAGCCACAGUCCCUGGACGGCGUGGACUGAGGCUGGUUCCUUCCUGGAGGCCUCCUCUCCUCAGGGACCCCAGCGCCUCGUCAUCAGCAUUGCUGGAGCCAAGGGCCCUGCACUAGGACCCCAGGAUGGCACGGCGCAUCAGCCGAGGAGGAGGGAACUUUUCAGUCAAAUUCCUCAAAAAGAGGCUGGAAUAAAGCCUGGGCAAAAAAAGAGGCUGGAAUCCAAUGCACAUGAUUUUGACCUCCCGCCAGCAUGUGCUUCCCCGCGAAGUCUGGCACUCUCUGACGGAGGCUGCCUGGGUAGGAGGGGUCCAGCUGCCGUCCCGUGUGGCAUCUUUGCUGCAGGAACUAAAACAGUAGCUCCCAGGAAGGGAGGGGUGUCAUGAGCAGAAAAUGAAGGAGAGAAGACCUCCUCUCCCACCCACAUACACCUUCCUGUCCUGGGUUCCAGAAGGCUCUGGGGAGAUGGUCCCUGCAGAGCUUUCUUCCUGGGAGUCUGGGGACCAGUCGGCCUUACUCCUGUCCUGUGGGAGAACCACCCCAUCUAGGCGUGGGGCCAGGUGUGGGGCAGGGGCGGGGCCCUGUGGGUCCCCCUUCCUGCUGAUCUUCAUGCCAUUCUGGGCACCUUUGUCUGUUUAUGGAAUGGGGUGAGGAGCGGCUCUUCUAUCCUCUCCAGAGCUCCCCUUGGUCCUGGAACCCUCUCUCCCAGGUUGCCCCAGGGAGUCUCAGCCUCCCAUCCUUGCAGGGUGAAGAUGAGACGAGGAUGCGUGCACAGGCCAGAGCCUCCAGGAGGGUGGAGUGGGUUUGGGGUCUGUGCUGCCUACCGGGUGUCUGCCCUUUCUCUCCCCCAUGCCCGGCCCCUCUGCCUGGGACACUCCUGCUUCCCAGCCUUACCUAGAGCCCCACACCAAACCCAGGGCCCGGGCUGGGACACAGACCGCAGCCGAGGGUGAAUUUCCCAGGAAGCAAAUGGGGGCCCUGGGCUGGGGUACAGGGAGUGAUCCUACCACUUUGCCGUCCCUGCGGGUCUGCGCGGCCUUUCUUCCCCUGUCCCCGCUCUGUCUCCUCACUGUCCAGCUUUCCCUAAGCCAAGGCUGUAGAUUUCCCUCUGUCCCGGGCCACCAGGAAGCCUUCCAACUGUGAUGUGCCCGGAGCUGAGGUGGCCCCCAGCAGCCCCUGUCCCUCCCAGUGUGCUGCCACUGGGGACGACCCCCAGGGGGUGGCUGCCUGAGGCCUCCUUGUUCUGUCCUGGUCUCACCGUCUAUAGGUCAUAGCAGUACUAAGUGGCGUGAUAGCAGAAAGUGGGGGGCACUCGGCAGGUGCUGUCUGGAUAGCAGAGAGUGGGGAGCACUCAGCAGGUGUUGUCUGGAUAGUAGAGAGUGGGGGGCACUCGGCAGGUGCUGUCGGGCUGAGUGGUCACCACCGUCGUUGUCUUCUCUGUCCAGAGUCUGUUACCCAUGUCUGUUACCCAUGUCACAUUGUGGAUGCCCCCUGCCCGGAUAGGUCUGAGUGCACUGGGGUGGCCAGCACCCCACACCUUCUCAGGGAGCACCCAGCAGGAUACCUGAGAUUCUCCUUAUGCCUUGGUUGGAAGCUGGAGGCUUCUGGCUGCCUCCUGCACCCCAGAUGUGUGGCAACGGGGUGGGGAGUGUGUCCCUCAAAAGAUGAUCAGGUGAGGCUGGGACCCUGAAGGCAGCCCCAUCCGGUGGAAUUACCCUCGGAGGCUCCAAAACUUCCCACCUGCAGGAGCUGAGCUCAGGGGCACCAGACCCUGGUCCCCAACCUUCAAGUUAUAGGGUGGUGUCCCCCAGUUAUAGGGCAGUGUCCCCAGUUAUAGGAUAUUGUCCUUCAGUCAUAGAUUAGUAUCUUAUGGUUACAGGAUAGUGUCCCGUCAGUUACAGGGCAAUGUCCCCCCAGUCAUAGCAUAGUAUAUCCCCAAGUCACAGGGUAGUUUCCCCUAGUUAUAAGGCAGUGUUCCCCCAUUAUAGUGUCCCCAGUUAUAGGGUGAUGUCCCCCAGUUAUAGGGUGAUGUCCUCCCAGUUAUAGGGUAAUGUCUCCCCAGUUAUAGGGUGAUGUUCCCACAGUUAUAGGGUGAUGUUCCCCCAGUUAUAGGGUGAUGUUCCCACAGUUAUAGGAUGAUGUCCCCACAGUUAUAUGGUGACGUCCCCAAGUUAUAGGGUGAUGUCCCCCAGUUAUAGGGUGAUGUUCCCAGUUAUAGGGUGAUGUCCCCACAGUUAUAUGGUGACGUCCCCCAGUUAUAGGACGAUGUCUCCCCAGUUAUAGGGUAAUAUCCCCAGUUAUAGGUGAAUGUCUCCCCAGUUAUAGGGUGAUGUCCCCCCAGUUAUAGGGUGAUGUCCCCCUAGUUACAUGGUGAUGUCUCCCCAGUUAUAGAGUGAUGUCCCCCCAGUUAUAGGGUGAUGUCCCCCAGUUAUAGGUGAAUGUCUCCCCAGUUAUAGGGUAAUGUCCCCACAGUUACAGGGUGACAUCCCCCAGUUAUAGGGCAAUGUCCCCCCAGUUACUGGGCAGUGUCCCCCAAUUACCGGGCAAUGUGCCCUCAUAGUGUCUCCCAGUUAUACAGUAUUGUCCCCCCAUUAUAAGGUAGUAUCCCCAGUUACUAGAUAGCAUCCCCCAGUAACAGGAUAAUGUCCCCCAAUUGCAGAGCAAUGUCCCCCAUUAUAGUGUCCCCAAGUUAUAAGUUGGUGUCCCCCAGUAACAGGAUAAUAGGAUAGUGUCCCCAGUACAGGGCAGUGUACCCCAGUUACCAGUGUCCCCCAGUUACAGGAGAGUGUCCACCAGUUACAGGGCAGUGUCUACCCAGGUACAGCCUAGUGUCCCUCAGUUACACAAUAAUGUGUCCCCCAGUGGUAGGAUAGUCUACUACUGAGUCCUCCUUAGUGGGACUCAUCUGGCAUGAGUCCAGCUGAGAUUAGGAUAGGGUAGUGACCCUUCAGUUUUGGGGAAGGGACCAGAGCUCGGCCAGUGAGAAGCUUCCAGCUCCGUCUGGCCAUAUCCAGAUUGCUGAGGGUCCUGGGCUCUGUCCUUAAACCUCAUCACUGACAUGACCCAGCAAACCUUCUCAAGAGGAAAACAUCCCCUUGGGUCAAACACAGCUUGUUCAGGUCUCGGGGACCUCCUCCUGCCAUCCUGGGGAUGCUGGGGAGAAUGGAGAUGCACAGGAGGCUUUGUCCUCUCCUCUGCCUUUUGGCGAAAACAUUUCACUCAAGGCAAACACAGCCUGAGGGCAGCACAGGGGACCCCAAGGCUCACUGCCCAUUUCUAGUCGCCACCAAACACAUGGGUUUUCCUCCUGUUCUCGUCAUGGGUGCCUUUGCUCAUUCUCAUCCUCCUGUUCUCAUCCAGUCUACCUUUGCUCAGCCCAGUCUGACUGGCUCCCAGCAGCAUCCGCCCCAAAGGUUCUCCCAUCAUAGCAGGAAGCAGCCUCAGACAGUACCCGAUGAACAGGCCUGGCUGUGUUCCAUUAGAACCUCAGUUCAGCCAGCCCGAGCCUCCCUCUCAGCUGGAUACUGUUAAUGAGAGGGGUACACAUUCACCUCCCCUUUCCAAUGUUUUAAAACUCUAGGACAGUGAUUCUCAAACACUUUGGUCUCAAAACCCCAAAGAGCAUUUGCUUAUGUGUCUUUUAUCUGUUGAUAUUUGCUACCUGAGAAAUUAAAACAGAAAUCUAAAAAUAGAUUUAUUUUAUGAAGUCACUUAAAAAUAAUAAGCCCAUUGCAUGUUAACAUGAAAAAAAUAAAUUUUCUAAAAACAAAA